GAUUCCUUGAAGUAAUGGGAGCAAGGAAGUUUUGGUCCGUGGUUGGGGUCCGCAAAACUUGUGCCUCACACCAGGGCAUCUUCAUGCUGGCACAGCGCCUGCUGAGGGGUAAACAUAGCACUUCGAGCACUUUACAUCUAAUAAUAGAUCUUGCACUGGCCUGGGCAACAGGCCAAGUUAUUCGCGCCAUACAUCGGUUCCAACGCGCGGAUCCAAGGGAGGGGCGCAGAAGUUCUGUGACUGAGUAUGUUUGUAUUGCCACUUCUGAAAUAGCUUUUUUGCUGUAAAAUGAUUAAGCAACACUUUGUUCUGACUCUACUGGUUAUAUGCGCGGCGGGCGGUGCUUGGGCACAACGCGGAAGGCGGCCUCCGCCGUCCCCUGUGCCUGCUCCUGUGCCAAGCCCUAGUACAGGCCAGGAGCAAGUAGUAUGGGCGUUGGCAGCGCGUGGGCCUUUCGACCUGAACGGCACUGACACAUCGCCCGGUGCUGUAAGGCGCCUCCUCGGUGCGCCGAAGAAAGCCCAGACUAUCAGAAAGAAGUGCAAGCCAGACGGAGGGGACCUGAGCUGGAUUCCGACCUCAGAGGUACCGCGCUACGUAGACGUUCGCUUUGAGAUUGAUCCGAGCAUCCUUGUAUCUGACGCCAAGGAGCUGCAGAUCCUAGUCCUCAACCGGGGCGCGCUCAAGCCAGUCUUCAGCUCCAUUGAAAUCAUGGUCAAGGCCGGCACCUCACCCGCCACACCCCUGCUGCUGCACACCGGCUCCGCCAAUGAAACGCUCAAGUGCCCUGGCAUAAACAGCUUCCCGCUGACAGCAGCGCUCAAGGCGCAGCAGCUGCCGGGCGGGUACGGGCCGGCGCGGGAUGCCGUGGUGCUGGGUGUGCGUAUAAACAUCACCGCGACGGCGGUGGCGAAGCGCGGGCUGCUUCCCAGCAUUGGGGCGGUGGGGCUGCAUGUGAAGAAGUAAGGGAUUAGACUCCUAGUCCCGGGGGGAGGCGCUAGGGACGCGGGGCAAGGGGCUGAGGCUGGGGCUUGAGAGGCGAGUAGAGCAUUCCUAUGUCUGGUGGUACUGCGGAAUGCUCCCUGAAAGAGGAAGCAGUCAGCGGUGGGCAGCGGCUGGUUCUGGAUGUGUGCCGCUGGUCAGGUGUACACCAGUUGGUGCCGUAUGCUGCUCUUUGCACUCGUGCAGGCAUUGGAAGCAGCGGCAUGGAAAGAAGUAUUAGACAAUGGUGGCAAUGUGGGAGUGGGGCCUAGGCUGUGCCGCUUAGAGGCACAGCGGCAGGAUAAUGAACAAAAGAGGCAAUACAGGCACACUUAAGAACAACUGUACGGGAUGGGCGCGCGGUCGCGGUCAAAGGCUCUUAUGUUUGGGCCUGACGCGCGCGCUGCGUGUUGUGUUCGUGAGCGAGCCGGUGUGCGCGCGCCAAGCGCGGCAGCUUUACUGCCGUCGUGAGCAGCGGCUGGCGCUUUACUUAUUAAGUGGUUUUGCAUGGGCCCCGUGAGCGGGCGGCGCGGUACCUGUGUCUUUGAAAGGCUCCGCAUGUCGUUGUGGCGCAAUGGUGCGGCUUGAACACCAAGUAGCUGCACGGGGACGUGUGCGCCAGGCUCCGGUUUCUGCGGGAUGGCACGUACAGUACGAAGAGCGCGCGUGUUGGCUUCCAGGGGCAUGUCAUGCUGUGUGUAUGCUGACGGGGCAGGUCCUUCGUCCCAUAUUACAAACGAACCAGGCCUACGAGUACGAGUGCAGUGGCUUCUGUUCUGGUAUGCACGUGGCCGUCGUGCGCGGGCAUGUGACCUUGACCGACUCAUAUACUUGCCGUACGUUUGUGUUCUUUUUUUACCUUUCCGCGGGCGUGUGCUCCUGUCGACACCUUUCCACAUUUUAGAGAGCUUUAACUCUCGUCCCCAGGGUUGAAACCCUGAUCGUCCUUUAAACUGAGCGGCAGUGACAUAGUAUAUGAGAUGCAUGUGAUAUGGCUUGAGCAAGCCUGGACGUACCAGGCCAGGCACGCUUGCGUCCACAACCUUGAGUAUGCAUGGUGGCCUGGCUGGUUGGCAUUAGGGUGCGUGUGAGGGCGGGUAUUCUGUUAACGGUUUGUGGGUACGGCCGUGGUGGUUCACAGCUACACUGCCACAUGUACCCGGCAGUGGUGAUGGCACGCACGAGUGGAAGCGACGGCGGGUGGGAAACCAAGCAUAUCUAAUGCACUUGAAAGUUGUUAUGCGGUCUUCACCCGCAGGCGGAUAGCGGGGCAUGGCGUGGCGUUGAAAUGCGAACGCGCUCCGCAUGGAAGUGGUUGUGGUCUUUGCUCUUGAUGCGCUGUGUGCGGGUCCCUAUAGAUUGCUGCAAGGCAACAGUACAGAAACUGGCUGAUGAUUGAAUGCUUUGACCAGCUUUGAGAAAACUGCAUUAUCUUCAAACUAGUGGUGCAUGCGGCGUAUGCCUGCAGCUGGCAGGUGCUAAUGGCGUGCGUGGGUCGAGCCGUGUGGGCUGGUUGCAGCAGCAGCCUUGAUGUAAUCAUUCUUCGUG